AUGGGGAUACUGCAGCUAAUACCCAACUCCAUAGGCUACAUUCAGGUUAGAUUUUUUUGUAGCCUCUUUUUGAUAUUCAGUAUUUUUAGAUCCGAGCGCAUGACACCGUCCCCUGGGGUGAGCGUACCAUAUGUCCCUAUUGACUGAGAACCUCCCUAGAUCACUGCUUCUUAAACAGACAAUAUUCAAAUCGUGAGUCAACUGGAUGGUAUAAAAACUCAUAGAUAUAAUGUUCUCGCCACUUCUGCUGCGCAUUGCCUCGUCGAGUGGAUUAACAACUAGCAGACAUCCAAUUAUAGGGCUAAAAUCGUACACGCUGCAAUUUUCUGUUCCACUGUGGCCUGUAGUUACAAUGACCAUCAGUUUGAUGGUGAUGAAGGUAGGCAUUAACCCAGUGGUGUAUUCACUAGGAAGCAACCGGAAGCAAAUAGACCAAAACUGGGAGGGACUACCUGAACUUGUCCAAUAAGAAAUGCUUGUUUCGUGUUCCGUUGGUUUUACUACUGCGUGCAGUAAUGUGAACCCAGGGUGACCCUGUUUAACCUGGAGGUCAAAGGUUAUCGCUGGGGUUCAAGGAACAGGUGCUCAAGACAGUGUGGCCUAUUCCUCUCACUGCUAAAGACCUGUGAACGCUCUCUCCCUCACCACAUAUAUGAAUAUAGAUGAACUGAGGGGCCUUGAAUGCUGAAAUUGAUGACUGUCAUGUGAAUUUCUAUCUCUAAUUCAACCUAAGCUUGAAUCAUUACCAGAGGUUGUAAGGCUCUGGUUUUAAUCAUCAAUGAUUCAAGGUCCACAACUCACAAGUCUUAUCUGUAUUUUUAUUCAUGGAGAGAGCUCUCCUGCCAAUGACACAAACAGACGAUUUUAUACCUCCUGGACUUGACUCCUCCCACCUUUAGGUGACUUUUCUAAACAGUUUCCCGCCUUCCCCCUUGAAUGUUUAGUACCGCCCCCUCUGUUAGUGGGUUGACACUACAUGAUAAUUCUAACAUUUAUACUGUGUUUGGGGUGAAAUCCUUUAGUCAUUAUUCUUAAAAUCCAAAUUAAUCUAACAAUGACACACUGGGUAAGGUUGUUUUAUUCAGGGUAUGAACUGCAUGUUGAUUAUGUCACACUAAUGCAGGGUUUCCCAAACUCGGUCCUCAGGACCCCAGGUUUUUUGCCCUAGCAUUACACAGCUGAUUCAAAUGAUCAACUAGCCAUCAAGCUUUGAUAAUUGAAAUCAGCUGUGUAGUGUUAGGGCAAAAAUCGGAGCCAUAUGAAGCCAAAAUGUAGGAGCCAUAUGUUACUUUCCUCUUAACAAAAAAAUACAUGGCAGAGCAAUGCCAUGACCUGUGCUUAUGUUAAUACUGUACUAGCGAUCUGAACAUAUUGUUGGCAUUCAGUGACUUCUCUUUAGUCAGUGUUUACCUCGUUAGUGCACACCGUAGAAAUACGUUUUGCGAUAAAUAGUUUUGCAGUGAAAACAAGAUUUUCCAUUGGACAAAUUCAGGUAGGUCUGUCCGCGUGUCAUCCUGUUUGCUUCCGUUUGGAUCCUAGUGAAUACACCCCUGGCGUACUGACUGUCCAUCUCGUUUCUCUCACUGCCAUGUAAGGAGAGCUGGGUCAGCUCUUCACACUACUCCAGUGUAACUCCAGUGACAUGCUGCAGGGCUGAUUGUGCACGGGCGGCUUCAGGCACCCUUAGUGCCUCUCACAACUCACAUCUGGCUGUCUUUGAGGCACUUAGAUGGGCCCAUUGAGGCCCUUAGUCAAGCCCCCUUGUCCCUUAGCGAACACCCAUGGCUGGAGACCGACAUGCUGAUCUGAUUAUAUCAUUGGCUACUGAUCUAAAAUAGCCCUAGCUUUGUUUGCUCUGUCUUUAGGGGUUUGUUGUAUUGCCAAACCAUCCUCCACCUUGUCAGAUAAUGUAGUUACUGCUAGAUUGAUCCUCGACUAACCUGUACCGGUACCCCCUGUAUAUAGCCUUGUUGUUAUUUUAUUGUGUUAAUUGUUAUUUAAUUUUUUACUUUAGUUUAUUUAGUACAUAUUUUCUUAACUCUAUUUCUUGAACUGCAAUGUUGGUUAAGGGCUUGUAAGUAAGCAUUUCACGGUAAGGUCUCCACCUGUUGUAUUCGGCGCAUGUGACAAAUAACAUUUGAUUUGAUUGGAGCGACAGGCCGUUAUGGCCUCACCAGCAAAAUAUCCCAUCUCUGUUCCUGGAGGAAGUUGCUUGGACCUAUUUCUCAGCAUUUGUUCAGAUCAGGUUACUUACCGCUCUCAACGACAUAACAGGGCAUGAAAUGGACCCAAUCCGUUCCUCGCAGAAAGCAAAUUUGUGGUUGAAAAAAACCUCUCCUUAGCAGGAUGCUGGCAGACUCACCAGAAUUCCACUCUUUGCGGCUGUAGCUAUUCUGAUGAAGACUCUUACUAUAGGCUAGUGUUUCCCAUACCUAGCUCUGUUCUCCCUCAGGCCAGAUUUUGGCUUCCAUUGUUUUCAAUUGACAAGUUUGUUACCUUAUGGUCAUGUGUAGCUCAAUUGGUAGUGUGUGGAUCUUACAACGCCAGUGUCGUGGGUUCGAUACCCACUGGGGCCACCCAUAAGAAAAUGAAGGCUAUGCACGCACUACUGUAAGUCGCUUUGGUCAGAUAAAUGGCAUAUUAUUAUAUGUCAGGGAGCAUGGAUGUGAUUUCAGGGCCUUUUGAAAGACUACCAGAGGGUAAAGUUCUCCUCUACACCAUCAGAGGGCCCAGGGUAGCAUCUGGACAUCUGCCUGACCUGCCUCCUCCCUUCACCCCUCUCCAUCCUCCGUCAUCUUCCCAUCUCCUCCCGCCCUCCUCCCUUCACCCCAUCCCAGCCUCCAGUAACCCUCUCCGUCAUCUCACCCCCCUGCUCACCCCUCUCCCAUCCCAAGUCACUACACACCAUCAACCUUCACCCAUCUCCACAUCCAGCCAUCUACACCUCCUCCUAACCCCAUCCAUCCUCCAGCCAUCCUAAACCCUCUCCUAACACCCCUUCCAUCCUCCAGCAUCUCUACCCCCUCCUCCGCCCUUACCCCUCUCCAUCCUCCAGCAUCUCACCCCUCUCCAUCCCCAGCCAUCUCCUCACCACCUACCCCUCUCUCCCAUUCACACCUCUCCAUCCUCCAGCAUCUCUAACCCCCUCUCCUCCAUUACACCCCUCUCCAUCUCCAGCCAUCUCUACCCCCUCUCCUCCCUUCACCCCUCUCCAUCCUCCAGUCAUCUCAUACCCACCUUCCUCCUUAGUCAUCAACCCGCUCCCUCCAUCCCAUCCACCCAUCUCCCCCGCUCUUCAACCCCUCCACCUUCACCCUCUCCAUCCUCCAGUCAUCUCUACCCCCUCUCCUCCCUUCACCCCUCUCCAUCCUCCAGUCAUCUCUACCCCCUCUCCUCCCUUCACCCCUCUCCAUCCUCCAGUCAUCUCUACCCCCUCUCCUCCCUUCAGGCUAGCCUGUAGAUUACUAGAUUAUAGAUUACUAUACAUAUUUAAUGAUCUCAUUAUAGUCCUUACCCCCCAUUAACUGUCUACCAAGUACCUUUCCCAUCAGAUCUUCAUCCUUGUCGCCUACUGUAGGUCUAUAUGAUUAAUCAUUUACCAAGUAUUUUGUACAUUCGUUUUAAUUCAGGAUCAGUGUUGCUGAUGUAGCUCAGUUGUAGGGAUGUAGCUCAGUUGGUAGAGCAUGGCGUUUGCAACGCCAGGGUUGUGGGUUCGUUUCCCACGGGGGGCCAGUAUGAAAAAUUAAUAAAAAAUAAAAUAGAUUAUAAUAAUGUAUGCACUCACUUAACUGUAAGUCGCGCUGGAUAAGAGCGUCUGCUAAAUGACUAAAAUUUUUAAAAAAUGUGUAGGUCCUAUGGCUUUUAGAUAUGGAAUUGCUGUCGGGCUGUAAAAUUAUAAGCCUUGUACUAGUAAGCCUUGUCCAAUCCAUAAUGCCAAUAGGACAGGAGCCCAUCUCCUGAUUCUGUAGCGUGGGGCAGCUUGAUGUACAAGCACACCCCCUGGACAGGACGCUAGUCUGCCGCAGGGCCUUUCAUAGGAAAAUAGAUUUAGUAGGAAUCUAGACCUAUUAUGGUUGUUUACAGUCUAAGCUGUACACGUGAACCAAGUUUCAUGCUUUUAUGAAAAUGCUAAUGACCCAAAAUGUGCAUUCUCCUGGACUAAUAGUGUUGUUCAGUGAAGGUUAUAGAGACCGAAUGAGGACUGGGAUGUGAUGUGUAUUUACCAGUCAGAGCAAGGCUGCAGUAGAGCAGCCCUCCCAGCGGGAGGGGGAGGUUAAAGGACGUUGCCAUGGCAUUGCAGUGGAGGCUAAUUGAAUGUGAAGGCCCUAUAUGGGCGUCCGCGGCUCUCUGGUGCCCAUCAUCCUCAGAACACGACACAGCCUCCUCCAACUCUCUAUCGCUCAAUCUCUCGUGCGCUUGUUCUCGUGAGAUGACGCUGUGACGUCUGUGUAGGCCCACUGGGUCCAGGCAAGGCAUGGAUUGAUGAAACUCAUGGCUUUUUUCUCUCUCGCUCCUAUCUCACCCUUGCCACCCCUCUUUCCCAACAGGAACUCAAGCCCCAGAGUCACUAUAACCAUGGCUACAGUGAGAAUGUGGGGCGCAAGAGCCACGUGGAUGACUACAGUACCUGGGACAUCGUCAAAGCCACGCAGUGAGUACCCACGCACCGCUGGGUGUGUGUUUGCGCGUAAAGCUUGGCCAGUGUGGUUAAAGGUAUGCAAGUAAUGUGGGCUGGAGAGACCUUUUCCUCAUUCUACAACUGGUUUUAACUAUACCCCAACAGGAAGUGUUUUUAUCUUACUUGUAUAACAGGGCAAACAUUAUUUACGUUAUUCUCCAGCACGUAGGCCUAACUGCUUGAGAAAGUGCUGCAGCAUCCAAGCGGCUCCCCAGACGUGGCUAAGAGAUGCUGGCAUUUCAGCUCAAGGCUCUCCCAGUUAAAUGUGAGAGACUGUACAGCUAUUAUGUGAUUCCCCCAGUGUUCCUAAAUCUAUGUUAACUUUCCUCCUGAAGAGGGUUUACAGCCGGGAAUGAGUUUACAGUAGAGAGCAGACCUGGCUAGGUCAAAUACAUAUUAGUCUCCCAGUAGGUCAAGUAUUUGACAUGCGCUCAAUUUAGUUUGCCCUCUUACAAUGGAACCAAAGGAAUAGUCCCCAAAGUGUAAACCCCAAGCUAAAUACAUUUAACUAUUUGAAAGUAUUUCCGGAUCUGUACACAGAUUACAGUUAGUUUGUAUGGCUGAGAAAUGUGACCCCAGAUCGGCUGUUAGAGAAACCUUUAAGCACCUCUAACAUUGACAUCCAGUGUGGAAAACAACCUCAAGCUGUCACCUUAUCAGCCUUGUUGUCAUGUCCUAUCACUGCUGUAGACUAGUGGCUAUCGAUCCCUGCUCCAGGUCAUAUUACUGCUGUAGACUAGUGGCUAUCGAUCCCUGCUCCAGGUCAUAUUACUGCUGUAGACUAGUGGCUAUCGAUCCCUGCUCCAGGUCAUAUUACUGCUGUAGACUAGUGGCUAUCGAUCCCUGCUCCAGGUCAUUUCACUGCUGUAGACUAGUGGCUAUCGAUCCCUGCUCCAGGUCAUAUCACUGCUGUAGACUAGUGGCUAUCAAUCCCUGCUCCAGGUCAUAUUUACUGCUGUAGACUAGUGGCUAUCGAUCCCUGCUCCAGGUCAUAUCACUGCUGUAGACUAGUGGCUACGAUCCCUGCUCCAGGUCAUAUCACUGCUGUAGACUAGUGGCUAUCGAUCCCUGCUCCAGGUCAUAUCACUGCUGUAGACUAGUGGCUAUCGAUCCCUGCUCCAGGUCAUAUCACUGCUGUAGACUAGUGGCUAUCGAUCCCUGCUCCAGGUCAUAUCACUGCUGUAGACUAGUGGCUAUCGAUCCCUGCUCCAGGUCAUAUUCACUGCUGUAGACUAGUGGCUAUCGAUCCCUGCUCCAGGUCAUAUCACUGCUGUAGACUAGUGGCUAUCGAUCCCUGCUCCAGGUCAUAUCACUGCUGUAGACUAGUGGCUAUCGAUCCCUGCUCCAGGUCAUAUCACUGCUGUAGACUAGUGGCUAUCGAUCCCUGCUCCAGGUCAUAUCACUGCUGUAGACUAGUGGCUAUCGAUCCCUGCUCCAGGUCAUAUCACUGCUGUAGACUAGUGGCUAUCGAUCCCUGCUCCAGGUCUAUCACUGCUGUAGACUAGUGGCUAUCGAUCCCUGCUCCAGGUCCUAUCACUGCUGUAGACUAGUGGCUAUCGUCCCUGCUCCAGGUCCUAUCACUGCUGUAGACUAGUGGCUAUCGAUCCCUGCUCCAGGUCCUAUCACUGCUGUAGACUAGUGGCUAUCGUCCCUGCUCCAGGUCCUAUCACUGCUGUAGACUAGUGGCUAUCGAUCCCUGCUCCAGGUCCUAUCACUGCUGUAGACUAGUGGCUAUCGAUCCCUGCUCCAGGUCCUAUCACUGCUGUAGACUAGUGGCUAUCGAUCCCUGCUCCAGGUCAUAUCACUGCUGUAGACUAGUGGCUAUCGAUCCCUGCUCCAGGUCAUAUACUGCUGUAGACUAGUGGCUAUCGAUCCCUGCUCCAGGUCCUAUCACUGCUGUAGACUAGUGGCUAUCGAUCCCUGCUCCAGGUCAUAUCACUGCUGUAGACUAGUGGCUAUCGAUCCCUGCUCCAGGUCCUAUCACUGCUGUAGACUAGUGGCUAUCGAUCCCUGCUCCAGGUCAUAUCACUGCUGUAGACUAGUGGCUAUCGAUCCCUGCUCCAGGUCAUAUCACUGCUGUAGACUAGUGGCUAUCGAUCCCUGCUCCAGGUCAUAUCACUGCUGUAGACUAGUGGCUAUCGAUCCCUGCUCCAGGUCAUAUCACUGCUGUAGACUAGUGGCUAUCGAUCCCUGCUCCAGGUCCUAUCACUACUGUAGACUAGUGGCUAUCGAUCCCUGCUCCAGGUCCUAUCACUGCUGUAGACUAGUGGCUAUCGAUCCCUGCUCCAGGUCAUAUCACUACUGUAGACUAGUGGCUAUCGAUCCCUGCUCCAGGUCCUAUCACUGCUGUAGACUAGUGGCUAUCGAUCCCUGCUCCAGGUCCUAUCACUGCUGUAGACUAGUGGCUAUCGAUCCCUGCUCCAGGUCAUAUCACUGCUGUAGACUAGUGGCUAUCGAUCCCUGCUCCAGGUCCUAUCACUGCUGUAGACUAGUGGCUAUCGAUCCCUGCUCCAGGUCAUAUCACUGCUGUAGACUAGUGGCUAUCGAUCCCUGCUCCAGGUCCUAUCACUGCUGUAGACUAGUGGCUAUCGAUCCCUGCUCCAGGUCAUAUCACUGCUGUAGACUAGUGGCUAUCGAUCCCUGCUCCAGGUCAUAUCACUGCUGUAGACUAGUGGCUAUCGAUCCCUGCUCCAGGUCCUAUCACUGCUGUAGACUAGUGGCUAUCGAUCCCUGCUCCAGGUCAUAUCACUGCUGUAGACUAGUGGCUAUCGAUCCCUGCUCCAGGUCAUAUCACUGCUGUAGACUAGUGGCUAUCGAUCCCUGCUCCAGGUCCUAUCACUGCUGUAGACUAGUGGCUAUCGAUCCCUGCUCCAGGUCCUAUCACUGCUGUAGACUAGUGGCUAUCGAUCCCUGCUCCAGGUCCUAUCACUGCUGUAGACUAGUGGCUAUCGAUCCCUGCUCCAGGUCCUAUCACUGCUGUAGACUAGUGGCUAUCGAUCCCUGCUCCAGGUCAUAUCACUGCUGUAGACUAGUGGCUAUCGAUCCCUGCUCCAGGUCAUAUCACUGCUGUAGACUAGUGGCUAUCGAUCCCUGCUCCAGGUCCUAUCACUGCUGUAGACUAGUGGCUAUCGAUCCCUGCUCCAGGUCAUAUCACUGCUGUAGACUAGUGGCUAUCGAUCCCUGCUCCAGGUCAUAUUACUGCUGUAGACUAGUGGCUAUCGAUCCCUGCUCCAGGUCAUAUUAUUGUAAACACCAAUACCCCAUCAUGUCAAAGUGGAAUUUUGUUAUCAGACGUUUUACAAAUGAAUAAAAAAGGAAAAUCUGAAAUGUCUUGAGUCAAUUUGUUAUGGCAAGCCUAAAUAAGUUCAGGAGUAAAAAUGUGCUCAACAAGUCACAUAAGUUGCAUGGGCUCUGUGUGCAAUAAUAGUGUUUAACCAGAUUUUUGAAUGACUACCUCCUCACUGUACCCCACACAUACAAUUAUCUAUAAGGUCCCUCAGUCGAGCAGUGAAUAUCAAAAACAGAUUCAACCACAAAGACCAGGGAGGUUUUCCAUUGCCUCGCAAAGAAGGGCACAUAUACGUAGAUUGGUAAAAAUAAAAAAACAGACAUUGAAUAUCCCUUUGAGCAUGGUGAAGUUAUUAAUUACACUUUGGAUGGUGUAUCAAUACACCCAGUCACUACAAAGAUACAGGCGUCCUUCCUAACUCAUUCCCAGAGAGGAAGAAAACCACUCAGGGAUUUCACCAUGAGGUCAAUGGUCACUUUAAAACAGUUACAGAGAUGAAUGAUUGUGAUAAGAGAACUGAGGAAGGAUCAACAACAUUGUAGUUACUCCACAAUACUAACCUAAUUGACAGAGUGAAAAGAAGGAAGCCUGUACAGAAUACAAAUAUUUCAAAACAUGCAUCCUGUUUGCAACAAGGCACUAAAGUAAUACUGCAAAAGAAAAUUGCAAAGCAAUUAACUUUUCGUCCUGAAAUAUAAAGUGUUAUGUUUGGGGCAAAUCCAAUACAACACAUUACUGAGUACCACUCUCCAUAUUUUCAAGCAUAGUGGUGGCUGCAUCAUGUUAUGGGUACAGUGGCUUGCGAAAGUAUUCACCCCCCUUGGCAUUUUUCCUAUUUUGUUGCCUUACAACCUGGAAUUAAAAUUGAUUUUUUUUUUUGGGGGGGGGGGUUGUAUAAUUUGAUUUACACAACUCACUUUGAAGAUGCAACAUAUUUUUUCUUGUGAAACAAAGAAAUAAGACAAAAAAAAACAGGACUUGAGCGUGCAUAACUAUUCACCCCCCAAAAGUCAAUACUUUGUAGCAAUUACAGCUGCAAGUCUCUUGGGGUAUGUCUCUAUAAGCUUGGCACAUCUAGCCACUGGGAUUUUUGCCCAUUCUUCAAGGCAAAACUGCUCCAGCUCCUUCAAGUUGGAUGGGUUCUGCUGGUGUACAGCAAUCUUUAAGUCAUACCACAGAUUCUCAAUUGGAUUGAGGUCUGGGCUUUGACUAGGCCAUUCCAAGACAUUUAAAUGUUUCCCCUUAAACCACUCGAGUGUUGCUUUAGCAGUAUGCUUAGGGUCAUUGUCCUGCUGGAAGGUGAACCUCAUUCCCAGUCUCAAAUCUCUGGAAGACUGAAACAGGUUUCCCUCAAGAAUUUCCCUGUAUUUAGCGCCAUCCCUUAUUCCUUCAAUACUGACCAGUUUCCCAGUCCCUGCCGAUGAAAAACAUGGAUGGUGUUCUCGGGGUGAUGAGAGGUGUUGGGUUUGCACCAGACAUAGCGUUUUCCUUGAUGGCCAAAAAGCUCAAUUUUAGUCUCAUCUGACCAGAGUACCUUCUUCCAUAUGUUUGGGGAGUCUCCCACAUGGCUUUUGGCGAACACCAAAGGUAUUUGCUUAUUUUUUUCUUUAAGCAAUGGCUUUUUUCUGGUCACUCUUCUGUAAAGCCCAGCUCUGUGGAGUGUACGGCUUAAAGUGGUCCUAUGGAAAUAUACUCCAAUCUCUGCUGUGGAGCUUUGUAGCUCCUUCAGGGUUAUCUUUGGUCUCUUUGUUGCCUCUGAUUAAUGCCCUCCUUGCCUGGUCCGUGAGUUUUGGUGGGCGGCCCUCUCUUGGCAGGUUUGUUGUGGUGCCAUAUUCUUGCCAUUUUUUAAUAAUGGAUUUAAUGCUGAUCCGUGGGAUGUUUCAAAGUUGCUGAUUUUUUUAUUUUAUUUAUAACCCAACCCUGAUCUGUACUUCUCCACAACUUUGUCCCUGACCUGUUUGGAGAGCUCCUUGGUCUUCAUGGUGCCGCUUGCUUGGUGGUGCCCUUGCUUAGUGGUGUUGCAGACUCUGGGGCCUUUCAGAACAGGUGUGUGUAUAUAUACUGAGAUCAUGUGACAGAUCAUAUGACAGUUAAAUUGCACACAGGUGGACUUUAUUUAACUAAUUAUGUGACUUCUGAAGGUAAUUGGUUGCACCAGAUCUUAUUUAGGGGCUUCAUAGCAAAGGGGGUGAAUACAUAUGCACGCACCACUUUUACGUUUAUUUAUUUUGUAGCAAGUUUGGACUAUUUUGUGUAUGUCCAUUACAUGAAAUCCCAAUAAAAAUACAUUUAAAUUACAGGUUGUAAUGCAACAAAAUAGGAAAAACGCCAAGGGGGAUCAAUUAUUUUGCAAGGCACUGUAUGCUUGUAAUUGUUAAAGGACUGGGAGUUUUUCAGGAUAAAAAAUAAACGGAAUGGAGCUAAGCACAGGCAAAAUCCUAGUGGAAAACCUGGUUGUCUGCUUUCCACCAGACACUGAGAGAUGAAUUCACCUUUCAGCAGGACAAUAACCUAAAACACAAGGCCAAAUCUACACCGGAGUUGCUUACCAAGAAGACUGUGGAUGUUCCUGAGUGGCAGUGUUACAGUUUUGACUUAAAUCUACUUGAAAAUCUGGUCUUCUAACAAUGAUCAACAACCUAUUUGUCAGAGCUUGAAGAAUUUUGAAAAGAAUAAUGGGCAAAUGUUGCAAAAUCUAGGUGUUGAAAGCUCUUAGAAACUUACCCAGAAAGACUCAACGCUGUAAUUGCUGCCAAAUGUGAUUCUAACAUGUAUUGACUCGGGUGUGAAUACUUAUGUAAAUUAGAUAUUUUAUUUCAUUCCAUUAAAUUUGCAUACAUUUAUAAAAACAUGUUGUUAUUAUGGGUUAUUGUGUGUAGAUGGGUGAGAAAUAUAUUUAAUCGAUUUUUGAAUUCAUUCUCUAACACAACAAAAUGUGGAAUAAGUCUAGGGGUAUGAAUACUUUCCUAAGGCACUGUAUAAAUAUGUUGUCAUAAAUGUGAGUAUGGUGCAAAGUGCAGACAUAGGUCUAGGUCUCCCACUGGAGUAGAAUAGUCUGACUGACAAACAAAGAAGGCCUUGUGUUUCUUUUAUUGAAGAAAACCUAUAUAAAGACACUUCAUCCUCAUGAUUUGAGGGUUAAUUUAUGUGCUGUGUUAACUGAAGGACAGAAAAAGCUAUGAUGGCAAGGGAUACUGUUAAAGGCAACGUGUGUGUGUGAACCGUGUGUGUGUUGAGCCUAUUCUAGCCUUGUCUACCUGCAUUCUCCAGGUAUGGGAUCUUUGAGCGCUGCAGAGAGCUGGUGGAGGCGGGCUAUGACGUUCAGCAGCCGGACAAAGAGAACGUCACACUCCUGCACUGGGCCUCCAUCAACAAUAGAAUAGACUUGGUCAAGUGAGUGACACACAGACACACACACACAAAAGAACCCAAUGCCCUGGAUCUCAUCUCACUAUUCAACUGUCUUACAUGUGAUUUAUGAGUUGCAGUAAACCUACAUGUACACGUGAAACGCUAUUCCCAACACCCACCUAUGGGAUGUUUCUCCCAGUCAGAUUGGAUCUCAUGCAAGCAUACUGUCCUAUGUCCCUAAACUCACAUACUCAUCACACAGGACAUAGUCCCUAGAACCUAACUACAGUCCUAUAGCCCUAAACUCACAUACAGUCCUAUAUCCCUAAACUCACUAACAGUCCUAUAUCCCUAAACUCACAUACAGUCCUAUAGCCCUAAACUCACUAACAGUCCUAUAGCCCUAAACUCACAUACAGUCCUAUAGCCCUAAACUCGCAUACAGUCCUAUAGCCCUAAACUCACAUACAGUCCUAUAGCCCUAAACUCACAUACAGUCCUAUAGCCCUAAACUCACAUACAGUCCUAUAGCCCUAAACUCACAUACAGUCCUAUAGCCCUAAACUCACAUACAGUCCUAUAGCCCUAAACUCACAUACAGUCCUAUAGCCCUAAACUCACAUACAGUCCUAUAUCCCUAAACUCACUAACAGUCCUAUAUCCCUAAACUCACAUACAGUCCUAUAGCCCUAAACUCACUAACAGUCCUAUAGCCCUAAACUCACAUACAGUCCUAUAGCCCUAAACUCGCAUACAGUCCUAUAGCCCUAAACUCGCAUACAGUCCUAUAGCCCUAAACUCGCAUACAGUCCUAUAGCCCUAAACUCGCAUACAGUCCUAUAGCCCUAAACUCGCAUACAGUCCUAUAGCCCUAAACUCACAUACAGUCCUAUAGCCCUAAACUCACAUACAGUCCUAUAGCCCUAAACUCACAUACAGUCCUAUAGCCCUAAACUCACAUACAGUCCUAUAGCCCUAAACUCACAUACAGUCCUAUAGCCCUAAACUCACAUACAGUCCUAUAGCCCUAAACUCACAUACAGUCCUAUAGCCCUAAACUCACAUACAGUCCUAUAGCCCUAAACUCACAUACAGUCCUAUAGCCCUAAACUCACAUACAGUCCUAUAGCCCUAACGCCUCGAUCACACCGACAGUGUCAUUGCGUUUUGGUACAUCCAGAAGUACAUUCAUUUUCAAUGGAUCGCUGCGUUUGCCUUGCAGCAUUGCAUUGCAGAGGCAGUUGCAGUGCAUUCUGUGUGGUGCAUACGUUGGAUUUAUCAAGGGAUGCGUCAUAUUGUAUGUGUAGAUGGCUUGACAGAAAUGGUAGCAGAAGGUGAAUGUUGAACUUUUUUUGCACACAUAUCCAGAUGAUGCUGCGUACCAUUGUGCGCAGUGACGCUGUAGGUGUGGUCGAGUCGUAUACUCACAUACUCACACACAGGACAUAGGCCUGCAUGGUCCUAUACAUUAGUGAAAACAUUUUGCAACAGAAAACUAGUUUCUUAUAGGACAAGUUCAGUUAGUCCCUCCCUCCCUGUUUGUUAGCUUCUGUUUGGUCCCUAGUGAAGUGGACCCAGGUGUGAGUGAAUGCACUCAUGCUACUGUGCUGUCUUUACCAUACCAUUGUGGUGCAGAGUGACGUCCUGCAACACACACACUGUACAUUACAGGACUGAAACAUUGCCAGAACCAUGGUCCCUCUGUAGAAGAAUAGAAUCCCAAACCAUUCUAAUACAGCAUAGCAGGGAGCAGAGAGAACAAGUUCCUGGAUGUCUGCUAAGGUCUGAGCAAUCAAUUCCAUUGAAAGGGCAGACACCCUCUUAAUACGUUAUAUUCCUGGAGAUCCUGAUUCAAUAGGAAUAAAGCUGAAUUUGUCCAUCUGUUUUAUCUCACUGCCUCAACAAUCUAGUCUUUUCACCGCCUGUAGUUGUGUAUGUGGGCUAAAUGUAUUUCUGACUGUGCCUCUGUCUGUAGGUACUACAUAUCGAAGGGGGCGAUGGUGGACCAGUUGGGAGGUGACCUCAACUCCACUCCACUGCAUUGGGCCACAAGGUAAGAGUGACACCAGUAAAUGAGGCAUUAACAGACUCUGGUUCAGUCUGCUUUCCCGGACCAAGCUUGACCAGCAGUCCCAAAACGUUAGGUCCUGUUGGUUAUGUUGACGUGUAGACACGACCACCUAGAGAUAAAAGGGAAAGGUUAUAUACUGUACGAAGUAGAGAUAUUGUUUCCUGUAGACUCUCUCCUUUCCACUGUGUGGGUGUCAUGGGGCGUGUUUCUGCUAGUCCUGUUCCCAGGAGUCACACGAUACCUUCAGGGUUGUAUGAACACCCAGUACUACCUCUCCUCCUCGCCCUGUCAGAGAGCUCUCUACUGCAUUAUUCAUAUGAUCAGGGACCCCAUACUUAGCCAGGGCUCACGGCUUUGUCAGCAACCCUCCCCUCCCUGCUAGUGACCUUUCACACUAGAUAGGAGUGUAGCCCAUCUCUCGGACCAGUAACACUUUCUAUAUGCGAUUUAUCUGUAGUAUUGUGGAUAUAAGGACUGAAUUGCAAUGUUGUUGAGGAUUGUGUUUGGAUAAGUAGCUAGUGCAGCAAUCUUCUUAUUAAACCAUCUCUCAAUUGGAUGUAGUAUCUACGUUUCAUUUGCAUUACAUUUUAGUCAUUUAGCAGACGCUGUUAUCCAGAGUUACAUGAGUAGUUAGGGUUAAGUGCCUUGCUCAAGGGCACAUCGACAGGUUUUUCACCUAGUCAGAUCAGGGAUUCAAACCGUUUCCUAUCUACAAAACCCCCAGAGACUUUACAUUUGGAUAUUGGUGCAAUCUGUCAUUUCCAUUUCUGCUGUUAAUAAUGCUAUGUUAAUACGGGGGUUUGGCAAGUUUCUACUGUGCUGCAAAUGAAAGUUACAGAUUGCUCCUUUAAACAAAACAAAACCCAGAAGCAUGUAUAAAUGCUAAUACCACGCAAUACCAGUUAGUUCUGGUGCUCAUCAACAUAAUCAUAUUGUGUGUGUGUCCACAGACAGGGCCACCUCUCCAUGGUGGUGCAGCUGCUGAAGUAUGGGUCAGACCCCUCGCUCAUCGACGGAGAGGGCUGCAGCUGUGUCCACCUGGCCGCCCAGUUCGGACACACCUCCAUCGUGGCUUACCUCAUCGCCAAGGGGCAGGUACGCAGAGCGGACCAACCCCUAACCCUGUGUACUUGUGGAGAUAUGAGAGGCUUUGAUAGGUGUAAGCAAUAUUGUGAAAAUUCUGUUUAGCCUAUUAGAGGGCAAUGUGGAGAUAUUACCAUAUUUCUUCAACCUAUCAAAUCCUCUCAGAUCUCCACAAGUGCGUAGGGGCUAGGGGUUGAUUUGGGAUUGGCCAUGAGGAUAUGGAACUUGCAUCCAUUGGAUUUACUGUGACAUCAAUCUUGUUAUAUUUAUUCUGAUCUCAGCAGAACUGAAAUAGUGUUCUUUCAUACUUUCAAAGCUUUUCUCAUUUAUUCAAAUCACAGAAGUUGUUGUUGUCAGCCACCAGGGGGUGUUGUUUCAUUAGUUUUCCACAGCUGCAUUCACAUUGGGAGCGCUGCUAGGUUUUUCCUGGAUCUGUUCAGUAGCUCAAACAUCUUCAAAAAAGCAGAGUGUCGGUCUUCUCUGUCUAUUGGGGGUUUGUGACCAUGUGCUCUUUCUCCCUCUCCUCCUAUAGGAUGUGGACAUGAUGGAUCAGAACGGCAUGACUCCCUUGAUGUGGGCAGCUUACAGGACACACAGGUGUGUGUGUGUGUGCCAUGCAUGCCAUGCUGCCGUUCGCAUGGAUGCCGUGCCACGCGUUCACCCAUAUCCUUCACCUGUGGGAUCGGCUGAGGGGUGGUGGGGGGGUGCUGAGGAGUAUUUCUGUCUGUAAUUUAAAAAAUAAUUCUGAUUGGCUGUGCCUGGCUCCCCAGUGGGUGGGCCUAUGCCCUCCCAGGCCCACUCAUGGCUGCACCCCUGCCCAGUCAUGUGAAAUCCAUAGAUUAUGGCCUAAUUUAUUUAUUUCAAUAUGAACUGUAACUCAGUAAAAUCUUUGAAAUUGUUGCAUGUUGCGUUUUAUAUUUUUGUUCAGUAUAGAUACACAACAUUUAUAAAUGGAUCAAAAGACAGAUAAGACUGAUACUAAAAGCACAAAGAACAAUGUGCAGUGGGCUAAUACACUGGACUUCAACUGUGUCAUUAAUUAGAGCACAUUAAACUACGACCCUUUGAGUCUGAUAAAUGGACAAUAAAGGCUUUGAACAUGACCUUUGACCUUUGUCCCAUCCCAACAGCGUGGACCCCACCCGGCUACUGCUGACCUUCAACGUGUCGGUCAACCUGGGUGACAAGUACCACAAGAACACGGCUCUGCACUGGGCCGUUUUGGCCGGAAACACCACCGUCAUCACCCUGCUGCUGGACUCCAACUCCAACGUGGACGCACAGAACAUCAAGGUGAGGGGGCUGUGCAGCUUAUCUGGGGUCAGCUUUGUAUCUCCCCCUAAUUGUUAGGAUUGAGGGAGGAGAAGCUGAUCCUAGAUCUGUACCUAGGGGGAAACUUCACCCCAGAGCCAGGCUAUGUUACAUAAGGCCCACAUGUCUCCUACUAACCUUUGACCUGUAGAACAUGCUUGUAUCUUGUUACCUUUCAUAGCUAUCCUGUAUCUCGUUACCUUUUAUAGCUGUCCUGUAUCCUGUUACCUUUCAUAGCUAUCCUGUAUCUCGUUACCUUUUAUAGCUGUCCUGUAUCCUGUUACCUUUCAUAGCUGUCCUGUAUCCUGUUACCUUUCAUAGCUGUCCUGUAUCCUGUUACCUUUUAUAGCUAUCCUGUAUCUCGUUACCUUUUAUAGCCGUCCUGUAUCCUGUUACCUUUCAUAGCUGUCCUGUAUCCUGUUACCUUUUUAUAGCUAUCCUGUUACCUUUCAUAGCUGUCCUGUAUAUUGUUACCUUUCAUAGCUGUCCUGUAUCUUGUUACCUUUCAUAGCUGUCCUGUUACCUUUUAUAGCUAUCCUGUUACCUUUCAUAGCUAUCCUGUAUCUUGUUACCUUUCAUAGCUGUCCUGUAUCUUAUCUUUUAUAGCUGUCCUGUAUCUUGUUACCUUUCAUAGCUGUCCUGUAUCUUGUUACCUUUCAUAGCUAUCCUGUUACCUUUCAUAGCUGUCCUGUAUUUUGUUACCUUUCAUAGCUGUCCUGUAUCUUGUUACCUUUCAUAGCUGUCCUGUAUCUUGUUACCUUUCAUAGCUAUCCUGUAUCUCGUUACCUUUUAUAGCUGUCCUAUAUCCUGUUACCUUUCAUAGCUGUCCUGUAUCCUGUUACCUUUCAUAGCUGUCCUGUAUCCUGUUACCUUUUAUAGCUAUCCUGUAUCUCGUUACCUUUUAUAGCUGUCCUGUAUCCUGUUACCUUUCAUAGCUUUCCUGUAUCCUGUUACCUUUUAUAGCAAUCCUGUUACCUUUCAUAGCUGUCCUGUAUCUUGUUACCUAUCAUAGCUGUCCUGUAUCUUGUUACCUUUCAUAGCUGUCCUGUUACCUUUUAUAGCUAUCCUGUUACCUUUCAUAGCUAUCCUGUAUCUUGUUACCUUUCAUAGCUGUCCUGUAUCUUAUCUUUUAUAGCUGUCCUGUAUCUUGUUACCUUUCAUAGCUGUCCUGUAUCUUGUUAAAUUUUAUAGCUAUCCUGUAUCCUGUUACCUUUCAUAGCUGUCCUGUAUUUUGUUACCUUUCAUAGCUGUCCUGUAUCUUGUUACCUUUCAUAGCUGUCCUGUAUCUUGUUACCUUUUAUAGCUAUCCUGUAUCCUGUUACCUUUCAUAGCUGUCCUGUAUUUUGUUACCUUUCAUAGCUGUCCUGUAUCUUGUUACCUUUUAUAGCUGUCCUGUAUCCUGUUACCUUUCAUAGCUGUCCUGUAUCCUGUUACCUUUUAUAGCUGUCCUGUAUCUUGUUACCUUUCAUAGCUAUCCUGUAUCCUGUUACCUUUUAUAGCUGUCCUGUAUCCUGUUACCUUUUAUAGCUGUCCUGUAUCCUGUUACCUUUUAAAGCUAUCCUGUAUCUUGUUACCUUUCAGAGCUGUCCUGUAUCUUAUCUUUCAUAGCUGUCCUGUAUCUUGUUACCUUUCAUAGCUGUCCUGUAUCCUGUUACCUUUUAUAGCUAUCCUGUUACCUUUCAUAGCUGUCCUGUAUCUUGUUACCUUUCAUAGCUGUCCUGUAUCUUGUUACCUUUCAUAGCUGUCCUGUUACCUUUUAUAGCUAUCCUGUUACCUUUCAUAGCUAUCCUGUAUCUUGUUACCUUUCAUAGCUGUCCUGUAUCUUAUCUUUUAUAGCUGUCCUGUAUCUUGUUACCUUUCAUAGCUGUCCUGUAUCUUGUUACCUUUCAUAGCUGUCCUGUAUCCUGUUACCUUUUAUAGCUGUCCUGUAUCCUGUUACCUUUCAUAGCUGUCCUGUAUCCUGUUACCUUUCAUAGCUGUCCUGUAUCCUGUUAGUUUUCAUAGCUAUCCUGUAUCCUGUUACCUUUCAUAGCUGUCCUGUAUCUUGUUACCUUUCAUAGCUAUCCUGUUACCUUUCAUAGCUAUCCUGUAUCCUGUUACCUUUCAUAGCUGUCCUGUAUCUUAUCUUUUAUAGCUGUCCUGUAUCCUGUUACCUUUCAUAGCUAUCCUGUAUCCUGUUACCUUUCAUAGCUGUCCUGUAUCUUAUCUUUUAUAGCUGUCCUGUAUCUUGUUACCUUUCAUAGCUAUUCUGUAUGCUGUUACCUUUCAUAGCUAUCCUGUAUCCUGUUACCUUUCAUAGCUGUCCUGCCAUAACUUGAAAGGUGGAGCGUCAAUAUCCAGUGUGGCCAAUUAGGAUACCCGGAUCACCAUCAGUGUUUAGUGUCCAUCCUCUAAUCUUUCUCCUAUCCUACUGUUUAGUGGUUAUAUAGAUAUAAUAGAUAUAUAUAUAAUAGAGAUCCAGAAUUAAUAGAGCUAUUUCAAUCUGUGGUUUUUCCUGUGUCCUCAGAAGUCCAGAAGUCCUAUGAUCCGGUACUACUAUCUGUGAAUCAGGCUCUCUAUGUGUUAAAUUGUUACUGUGGUGAUUAGCUGGUUGUUACCAUGGUGAUUAGGUGGUUAAACUGUCCUCUGGAUGUAUCCCUCUGUUGUCCUCCAGGGUGAGACGCCGCUGGACCUGGCCAAGCAGAGGAAAAACGUCUGGAUGGUCAACCAUUUGCAGGAGGCCCGGCAGGCCAAGGGCUACGACAGCCCUGGCUACCUGAAGAAGCUGAAGAUGGACAAGGUAGAGACCAGGGAGGAGACUGAGUGGACAUACACAAGCAUGCAGGCUUGCACGCACUCAGACUCGGACACACACACACACACUCACUCACGCACACACUUAUUCGCGUAAGCAUGUAUGCAAACCCCCUCACACACACACACUCAAAAGAUGGAUAGGAACACACACACACACACACGUCACAUGAUUGUCCGCACAGUCUGUAGGAUGAACCGUAGCACGUCCACUGUCAAGGCCUAAGUCUAUCUCAGAAUGACUUCUAGGUAAAACCAGACACGCAGUCUUCAUUGUCCACCGGAGAGUUCCCUAUACUAGCACAUCCCUCCCAGUCUCCAGACUGUAUCAAAACCCUCAGUGAUAUCACACAAGACCAAACUGUUCUCCAGACCCAACAAGGGCGCUUCAGGGUUAAUACACCGGCCACCUUCAUAAUGGCCAAGUUCCAGGUCUUCUUUUUUGCAGUCGCACCGCACAGAUGAUCAGAUCUCACAAUGCCUGGAGAAGUGUUAAACGUUGCUGGAACCACAUUACAUUACAUUUGGUCAUUGAUAGGAUAUUACAUUAUUUUGAUAUAGCAAUAGUCUGAGAUGUGCCGCUUGAUUGUCAAGAACAAUGUGUAGGGUGAAGUUGCCUUUAGAUGCUGAUCUUGGGUCAGUUUUACAUUUCCUCCACUUAUGGUUAAGUCUAAAGAGCCUUCCGCCACCUGUCUUUCCGGCCAAUAAUCCCAGACCCUAAAAUAAGCACCUUCGGGCCUAAUUGCUGCUUUCUUGUUGACGAGAGACAUACAGACAAAGGCUAACACUCUAUUUAGACCUCCUCUGGCCUCUGUGUCUUGAAGUAAUUGCGCAUCCAAGGUAGUGAUUUCUUGGAGUCUGAGGAACCCAGCUGUUUGUCUGCACGGACAGACCAGAGGAUUGUGUCAAGGCCCUAAUCAGUGAAUAAGGUGAAGUUGCCCCUAGACGGUGAUCUUGGGUCAGUUCAGCAUUUUCCCCACUAAUAGUUAAGGUUGGGUUUGGGGCAUUUGAAGCUGAUCCUAGAUCUGUACUUAACCCCAGAGCCCUAAUCAGCACCUUUAAGUCCAGUGCGCUAACCACCCUUGCUCUCUGGGACAGGAUGAGCACAUAGCACCCAUUAGUUACGCUUGUAUCUUGUGUUUUUCAAAGUUUUGCUUCUUGACCUUGCAUUUCUGUUGUCUUUCAAAUUCAUACGCUGUCGCACUGGACGAUGUAGGUUGUCAAGGUACAUCUUUAGACAGAACUCCAGAGGGAGGCCCCAUUAGCUACUGUCACCCGGCCAAGCUAGGAUGUGCUAGUGCCAGAGAGGUUUGGAAGUCUAGAGACUAAACUAGCAAUCACUGCCACGAGAUUCAGGUUAGUUGUUUCCAUACUAGUUGUUUAUAGGAAGUGAUCCCUUGUUGAGUCUCAACGUUCUCUCACCUUUCUGGCGCCAGCAGGCAGUCUUGCAGGGAUGUAGCACGACAAUGUGAAAGCGUCUCUUGAUGAUCUAGUCUUAUUUUUUAUUUUUUUUCUUACUAGCUCUGACUCUGCUGAAAUGUACUUCCUAUGACUGGCCCACCUAGCUAUCUUAAGAUGAAUGCACUAACUGUAAAUCGCUCUAGAUAAGAGUGUCUGCUAAAUGACUAAAAUGUAGUCUAGGUUAAAGUACUGUCCUCUGUAGAGUGUAGAUGGUUGGUGAGUUUUGCUAGAGUCAAACACACUCGAGUCCUUGAUGGCCAUGGUGUCAGCAGGUUUUUGUUCCUCCCUUGCACUAAAUUGAUCAAGUCAGGUAAUUGUUUUAGACCUGGAAAACCUUCCAAACCAAUCAGACUCUUAACAUAAAGGGUGAAAACCAGCUAUAGACAUAGCGGCCCCCCAGGAAUUGAUUACGGUUACGUCCCAAAUCACACCCUAUUCCCUAUAGGCUUAUGAGCCCUGGUCAAAAGUAGGGCACUAUACAGGGAAUAGGAAGCCAUUUGGGAGGCAGCCUAAGAACCCCUGUGCUAGAACAAUAGCUAUCCAAUCCCCUUUGGCUAGCUCUGGGCAUGUUUACAUCACUUUAAUGGAUGACCCUAUAGUUACACCGUCAAGAGUGCUUCCCUGCCUUGCUGUUACAACCUCUCUCCUCUCCCUCUCCUCCUUCCCUCCCUCUAUCUCUGGUCCUCCCCCUCCUCUCCUCCUUCUCUCCCUCUAUCUCUGGUCCUCCCCCUCUCCCAGGAGUUCAGACAGAAGAUCAUGUUGGGGACCCCCUUCCUGGUGAUCUGGCUGGUGGGCUUCAUCGCUGACCUGGACAUCGACUCCUGGCUCCUCAAGGGCCUGAUGUACUGCGGCAUGUGGGUCACUGUGCAGUUCCUCUCCAAGUACGUCACACACACACACACACCUUUGACGGUAUCUCUUGCUAUCAAUGUAGCCGUGUUGUGCAACAAACACACACACACACACACCCUUCUGCAGCCCCAUCAGGUUAGGGCUUGGUUUAUUUCUCUCUAACAUGAGCCAUGCCAGCAGGUUAGGGCUUGCUUUAUUUCUCUCUAACAUGAGCCAUGUCAGCAGGUUAGGGCUUGCUUUAUUUCUCUCUAACAUGAGCCAUGUCAGCAGGUUAGGGCUUGCUUUAUUUCUCUCUAACAUGAGCCAUGCCAGCAGGUUAGGGCUUGCUUUAUUUCUCUCUAACAUGAGCCAUGCCAGCAGGUUAGGUCUUGGUUUAUUUCUCUCUAACAUGAGACAUGCCAGCAGGUUAGGGCUUGCUUUAUUUCUCUCUAACAUGAGCCAUGCCAGCAGGUUAGGGCUUGCUUUAUUUCUCUCUAACAUGAGCCAUGCCAGCAGGUUAGGGCUUGCUUUAUUUCUCUCUAACAUGAGCCAUGCCAGCAGGUUUGCUUUAUUUCUCUCUAACAUGAGCCAUGCCAGCAGGUUAGGGCUUGCUUUAUUUCUCUCUAACAUGAGCCAUGCCAGCAUGUUAGGGCUUGCUUUAUUUCUCUCUAACAUGAGCCAUGCCAGCAGGUUAGGGCUUGCUUUAUUUCUCUCUAACAUGAGCCAUGCCAGCAGGUUAGGGCUUGCUUUAUUUCUCUCUAACAUGAGCCAUGCCAGCAGGUUAGGGCUUGCUUUAUUUCUCUCUAACAUGAGCCAUGCCAGCAGGUUAGGGCUUGCUUUAUUUCUCUCUAACAUGAGCCAUGCCAGCAGGUUAGGGCUUGCUUUAUUUCUCUCUAACAUGAGCCAUGCCAGCAGGUUAGGGCUUGCUUUAUUUCUCUCUAACAUGAGCCAUGCCAGCAGGUUAGGGCUUGCUUUAUUUCUCUCUAACAUGAGACAUGCCAGCAGGUUAGGGCUUGCUUUAUUUCUCUCUAUCUGGAUGACUGUGAUAUGUAGUUCUAAAGGUUUUGUGGAGUGUGAGAUUUGAUGUUUUUUACUGCUGAAUUCUAACAGUGAUUCUCUCUCUUCUCUCUCUUCUUCCUCCCCAGGUCUUUCUUUGACCACUCCAUGCACAGCGCCCUGCCCCUGGGAAUCUACCUGGCAACCAAGUUCUGGAUGUACGUGACCUGGUUCUACUGGUUCUGGAAUGAUAUCCUUCACAAUAAGAGUCUCCUGGUUUCCUUGGCCUUUUCUCAUUGCAAGCGUGAUACAUCAGUAAGCUGCUGUGCUGUACAACGGGGCUUUCGUUCACAGCGCAACAUGGAAAGACAGCUGUGUGUGUCUAUUCACCUCCUAAGAAUCAAUUAUUUCAUCAAGGAGGGAGUUGACUUCUGCGAAUACUUGAUUGAUGGGUUUUGACUGAGAGCAAAUGUGUAUGAAUACCUCCCCUGCGGCAAUUGGUCCAUUAGGGUGUCAGUCAAACUGCAGCCUAUUCCAAACAGACAGAUUGGCUUUCCCUUCUUCCAUCUGGAACCCCUCUCGUCAUGAUCACUGGAGUGUGAGGCCAACUAAAGAGCGUUCACCUGCUCUGACUAGAAUACAGAGAGCAUUAUAACACCCUCCAGGGCUCUUUCACUAUUGUGUAAACGUUUGGCCCACAACAAGACGAUGCAAAUGUUUCAGUUGACGGCAGAUUAAUUAUUUCUAUAUGCUAUCCACCAUUGCAUUUGCGUCACAGAUUACAUCAGAGGCACUUGUGAUGCAACCCUAUUGGUUGCUUUGAGUUUGUUGAUUAUGACAACAUUUAACAUUUAAGUAAUUUAGUAGACGCUCUUAUCCAGAGCGACUUACAAAUUGGGGCAUUCAAUUUAGGAUAGCCACUGGGACAACCACACUUUUUUUUAAUGGGGGAGGGGGGGGGUUAGAAGGAUUACAUUUACAUUUUAGUCAUUUAGCAGACGCUCUUAUCCAGAGCGACUUACAGUUAGUGAAUACAUAUUUUUUUUAUACUGCCCCCCCGUGGGAAUCGAACCCACAACCCUGGUGUUGCAAACGCUAUGCUAUAUCAACUGAGCUACAUCCCUGCCGGCCAUUCCCUCCCCUAUCCUGGACGACGCUGGGCCAAUUGUGCGCCGCCCAUGAGUCUCCCGGUCACGGCCGGCUGCAACAGAGCCUGGAUUCGAACCAGGAUCUCUAAUGGCACAGUUAGCACUGCGAUGCAGUGCCUUAGACCACUGCGCCAGUUGAGCAUUUUCCCCACUAAUGGUUAAGAUUGGGGGAGGGGGAGCUGAUCCUACCUAGUUGAUCAUCUGUACCCAGGGGAAACUUCACCCCGGAGCGGUCACAAACUCAAGCUGUCCCUCCUCAUUCCAGUCCAUCUGUGCCUCUUCGGGAAGUGGAUGUUAUGUAACUGAGGUGGUAACCUUGCCUGAGACCAGAAGACUCGCGUUACCUCUCGAGUUAAUGCCUUGGCUGUAGCUCAGCAGGUUAACACAGUCUUGGCGUGCGCAGGAGACCGAGGUCCGUACCCAGUUGGUCACAUGUAGUCUAAAUGUCUAUGAUUGUUGUGAUCUGGGUUGAAUCUUAUACAGCCAUGGUGGUUGUGUGGUGGUUGUACGGUGGUUGUGAGGCAGCCAUGCGACGUCUCUGCAAUAGUAAUCAGUGGAGGCGGCUUGGCCUUUGUCUAGACUUUGUGUCUGCAUUGACUUCCAGGUGUGGGCUUGGUGUCUCUGGCUCUGUCUCCACCUGGUUCUCUCAGUCUGCAGCUGACUGGUUAUCAUUCAAAGCCUGCAGUUGAAAUCAGAUCAUGUGUCUUGGGUGGAGCCCAAAGCGGUUGCCUUUUCAGCCCCAGCACGUAUUUCCUUCUACAUGGGACUCAAAGGAGAAAAGCUUUUCUCCUGAAAGUAGUUACAAGGACUGGGUCACCGCCACAGUUUUAUUGUUACUGAAAUAGUAGGAGACUGGGGAGGAGGAGAGAGUAGAAGUCUCUAAUAGUAGGAGACUGGGGAGGAGGAGAGAGUAGAAGUCUAUUAGUAGGAGACUGGGUAGGAGGAGAGAGUAGAAGUCUCUAAUAGUAGGAGACUGGGGAGGAGGAGAGAGUAGAAGUCUAUUAGUAGGAGACUGGGGAGGAGGAGAGAGUAGAAGUCUCUAUUAGUAGGAGACUGGGGAGGAGGAGAGAGUAGAAGUCUCUAAUAGUAGGAGACUGGGGAGGAGGAGAGAGUAGAAGUCUCUAAUAGUAGGAGACUGGGGAGGAGGAGAGAGUAGAAGUCUAUUAGUAGGAGACUGGGGAGGAGGAGAGAGUAGAAGUCUCUAAUAGUAGGAGACUGGGGAGGAGGAGAGAGUAGAAGUCUCUAAUAGUAGGAGACUGGGGAGGAGGAGAGAGUAGAAGUCUCUAAUAGUAGGAGACUGGGGAGGAGGAGAGAGUAGAAGUCUCUAAUAGUAGGAGACUGGGGAGGAGGAGAGAGUAGAAGUCUAUUAGUAGGAGACUGGGGAGGAGGAGAGAGUAGAAGUCUCUAAUAGUAGGAGACUGGGGAGGAGGAGAGAGUAGAAGUCUAUUAGUAGGAGACUGGGGGAGGAGGAGAGAGUAGAUGUCUCUAUUAGUAGGAGACUGGGGAGGAGGAGAGAGUAGAAGUCUCUAAUAGUAGGAGACUGGGGAGGAGGAGAGAGUAGAAGUCUCUAAUAGUAGGAGACUGGGGAGGAGGAGAGAGUAGAAGUCUCUAAUAGUAGGAGACUGGGGAGGAGGAGAGAGUAGAAGUCUCUAAUAGUAGGAGACUGGGGAGGAGGAGAGAGUAGAAGUCUAUUAGUAGGAGACUGGGUAGGAGGAGAGAGUAGAAGUCAAGUAUGAAUGUAGUCAUUGUUGUCUCUAGUUGCCUGACAAGAUGGAUUCCUCCACUGAGCUGUCCCUGUAACAUGCUCCUUUAAGGAGGACAUUCAGUCUUCAGCCAGACGAUGAUGACUUGCAGUCAGAGGAGAGGUGGUGAGGAAAAACAGACUUCUCAGCACAGACUACCCUGCACCACACUGUAUAGAGGUGUAGGGGGAGUUUGCCCCUAGACGCUGAUCUCGGGUCAGUUUAGAAUUUUCCCUAUUAAUGGUUACGGUUAGGAUUGUGGGAGGGGAAGCUUGUCCUAGAUCUGUACCUAAGAGAAAUUUCACCCCGGGGCUGUAUGGACAGUGUCAGAACACCAUUAGUCUCCGUAAAUCAGCAUGCUUCAUAAAUGCUUGGCUUGACCCUUGAGCGUCAGCCAUCUUGUGUAAUACCCCUUCCUCCUAAGCCAUUCCAGAGACUAAUUGCUGCUACGGGGAGGGCCUACACAACGCCUCAAGGGAAACAUUGAAAUGUCGUCCAUAUGAGAAUCUCCAUCGAUCACUGUAAGAAUUACCGGCUCCAUGCCAACAGUAUCACGGCCCAUUGAUUUAGUGGGACGAUAAGGACUUCCAUGCAUGCAUCCCAAAUGGCACCCUGUUCCCUUUGUAGUGUACUACUUUAUAUGGAAAUUCACUUUGUUCCACUACACUAAAUGGGAAAUAAUAUGGUGCCAUUUGGGACGCAGCUCCACGUAGUUCAUUUAGAGAGUUUAUCUUAUGAAGUAGCUAAAUAGACUUACAGAGGAAGAGGUAAUUACAGCGCCCAGAUUUCUUUGGUGAUAAUUCUACAGAUUUAUGACCUCAUUCAGCCUUUAGAGACUGAAAGCGCUGUAGAGUAUGGCUGAGACCCAAAUAGCACACUAUUUCCUAUGUAGAGCUCUGGGGGGGCUCUGAGUUUCCUUCCUGGAAUCUAGUUGAGGUUGUAACUCCCCACCCCCACUGUAAUUGAGGAUAUCCUUCUUGACGCUACCAGCCCACAGAUGUCCUUGUGUCCCUCUAACUCCCCUCAACCCACACACACCCUUAUCACUAGAUGGCCAUAAACACUUUAAACAGCUCUUGUGGACACAAUCAUUAAUGACGUUAAGUCAACUCCAUAAUCUAAAGUCUAUUUGGUCAGUCAAUCAGAUAUGUUUCUCUCCUGUAUGGAAUCAACAUUCUAACUACACACUGUGUGUUUAUGAUUGGUUAAAUGCACAAAGAAAUGCCAAUGUACCUUGGGUGUAGGCAUUUCCUAAAUACAGGAAUAAAAAAAAAAAAUUGUAAAUACAAUUCUGAAGUUGUAAAUCCUAAGUAGGUUUAUGUGAUUGUUUCAUUUGUAGUUCCUAAUUACAUGACUACAGGCCCUGUGAAAACUAAACCUGGGUUCUAGAUAAUAGAGAGAUUGUAUGGAUCAACAUUGGCAUUUUAGGGUAAAGCCUAACCACUCCCUUUUGUUAGGCACACUCCGUUGCUUCUGUUGUAUUUCCUGUACAAAGUAUGACGUGUGUGUGUGACUCGGGACUCUGGUUGGGUGAGAGUAUGAGUCAAGCUUCCACUGAGCUGCUUUCCUCGUAGGCUGGAGUGGGCGGAGGGCGAGUCUUUUUACGUCCCAAAUGGCACCCAAUUCCCUUUUAUAGUGCACUACAUGGUCAAAAGUAGUGCACUACAUAGAGAAUAGGGUGCCAUUUGGGACUCACCCUGUCUGUCGGGAUGAUGUCACUAUGGCUAGUACCAAGCCAACCCAGUCAUCUAGGUCCAAUGCAGCUGUUUUUAACUCUGUAUCAAAUCAUUUCUGGGUAACAAUUAAGUACCUUACUGUGAUUUGUUUUUCAAUAAAAAUGGUCAAAAAGAAUAGAUAGCGUCUUAACAAAUAGUAAUUUCUCAAGCAAGAAUUUUGAUAGGACUGUCUGGGAGUGGUCUGAGUAGGGAAAACUGAAAACUAGCUGUUAUUGGCAGAGAGGUUUGGAACUCUCUUUCUUAUUGGACUAUUAACUAAGUUACCACCUGGUGACAUCACCAGGCAGGCCAAAACUCCAUCCCACCAAAGCAGGCUGAAGUUUCAGGCAGUCUUUCUAAAAGGGCAUUCUCAUAAUUUUCACAAUUUCACAGUAUUAUUCAACCUCAUCGUAAGGAAGCAUAUAUAAAACACAGGAAAAUCACUGGCCCUCUAAACUCUUAACUGUACUCAUCAUGUCCUCUGAAGAAAAUGACUGACCCAGUGCUUUCAUUGGUCAAGAUGGGUGAAAUGUACCAAGAUGUUAAAGCUGUCAUCAUCAUAAUCAUCAUCAUAAUCAUGUUUUGCCAGUGAGUAGUUCACUCUUGUCAGAUAAUUGUAGAUUCAUAUGCAUUUGCUGUCUGACCUUGUCCAAAGACUGCUCACAGGGUAGUGAAACCAAUAUAUCAUUGUGUUAUUUGGGUGAACCUUCCCUUUAAGAGCUGUAGUCACCUUUCAGUCAAUCAGCCAUCCUCCUGAACUCCUCUGUACAUCUCCCGUUCGCCACCGUCCAUCUGCCUUUCCUCCUGAACAGUGUCGGUCUGUUCUACAACUUCGGCAAGUCCUGGAAAUCAGACCCAGGGAUCAUCAAAGCCUCAGAGGAACAGAAGAAAAAGGUAAACGCUGCCACUACCAUGACGCUGGUACUACCAUGACGCUGGUACUACCAUGACGCUUGUACUACCAUGGCGCUGGUACUACCAUGACGCUGGUACUACCAUGACGCUUGUACUACCAUGGCGCUGGUACUACCAUGACGCUUGUACUACCAUGACGCUGCCACUACCAUGACGCUGGUACUACCAUGACGCUUGUACUACCAUGACGCUGGUACUACCAUGACGCUUGUACUACCAUGACGCUGGUACUACCAUGACGCUGGUACUACCAUGACGCUGGUACUACCAUGACGCUUGUACUACCAUGACGCUGCCACUACCUGGCCACGGUACCAUGACGCUGGUCUACCAUGACGCUGUACUACCAUGACGCUGCACUACCAUGACGCUUGUACCUACCAUGGACCUGCCACUACCAUGACGCUUGUACUACCAUGACGCUACCACUACCCAUGACGCUGGUACUUCCAUGACGCUGGUGCUACCAUGACGCUGGUGCUACCAUGACGCUGGUGCUACCAUGACGCUGGUGCUACCAUGACGCUGGUACUACCAUGACGCUGGUACUACCAUACGCUUGUACUACCAUGACGCUGCCACUACCAUGACGCUGGUACUACCAUGACGCUUGUACUACCAUGACGCUGGUACUACCAUGACGCUGGUACUACCAUGACGCUUGUACUACCAUGACGCUGCCACUACCAUGACGCUGCCACUACCAUGACGCUGGUACUACCAUGACGCUUGUACUAACCAUGGACGCUUGUACUACCAUGACGCUGGUACUACCAUGACGCUAGGCCUCACCAUGACGCUGGUACUACCAUGACGCUGGCCACUACCAUGACGCUUGGUACUAAACCAUACGCGGUACUACCAUGACGCGGUACUACCAUGACGCUGGUACUACCAUGACGCUGGUACUACCAUGACGCUGGUACUACCAUGACGCUGGUACUACCAUGACGCUUGUACUACCAUGACGCUGCCACUACCAUGACGCUUGUACUACCAUGACGCUUGUACUACCAUGACGCUGGUACUACCAUGACGCCGGUACUACCCAUGACGCUUCCACUACCCAACACACCACCAUUUUGUUUUGAAAUGGCAAGUAGAGUAAGGUGAGGUUGCCCAUAGACACUGAUCUUGGGUCAGUUUUGCCUUUUUGCCACUGAUGGUGAAGCUGAUCCUAGAUCUGUACCUAAGAGAAUUCCCCCCCCCCCCCCCCCCCCCCCCAGGGCAUGGAAAGUGCAUGUUGAGAAUUUGAUUUGAAAACUAGGCACAUUGCACCAUUUUUCUUUAGCGAAUCACCAUAAGGCUGGGACGCACAACAAUGUUUGGCCCAGGGGCCCAGUGUUAGAGGCAUCCACUCUCUCUCUCUCCCCACAGCUCUGGAAGUAGUGUCUCACUAUCACACUGAUGGAGUAUAAUAGGGUUUCCAGCUCUUUACUGACCCCAGCUCAAUCCUAAUUGUGUGGGAUUGAUGAGACGGCAAAAAAUAGCCCCCAUCGUUAGCGCUCUGCAGUACUAACCAGAGCGUGGUCCACUGGGCUGGGCAUAGCCCCCAUCGUUAGUGCUCUGCAGUGCUAACCAGAGCGUGGUCCACUGGGCUGGGCAUAGCCCCCAUCGUUAGUGCUCUGCAGUGCUAACCAGAGCGUGGUCCACUGGGCUGGGCAUAGCCCCCAUCGUUAGCGCUCUGCAGUGCUAACCAGAGCGUGGUCCACUGGGCUGGGCAUAGCCCACAUCGUUAGCGCUCUGCAGUGCUAACCAGAGCGUGGUCCACUGGGCUGGGCAUAGCCCCCAUCGUUAGCGCUCUGCAGUGCUUUCCAGAGCGUGGUCCACUGGGCUGGGCAUAGCCCCCAUCGUUAGCGCUCUGCAGUGCUAACCAGAGCGUGGUCCACUGGGCUGGGCAUAACCCCCAUCGUUAGUGCUCUGCAGUGCUAACCAGAGCGUGGUCCACUGGGCUAACCAGAGCUGGUCCCUGGGCUGGGCAUAACCCCCAUCGUUAGUGCUCUGCAGUACUAACCAGAGCGUGGUCCACUGGGCUGGGCAUAGCCCCCAUCGUUAGCGCUCUGCAGUGCUAACCAGAGCGUGGUCCACUGGGCUGGGCAUAGCCCCCAUCGUUAGCGCUCUGCAGUGCUAACCAGAGCGUGGUCCACUGGGCUGGGCAGCCGCCUCAGAAGCCUGCUGGCUCAUUCGUAGUUCAUACCAGCUCUCCUUCCUUGCUCUCAAGAGGGUAGCUAGCUAGUCAUGUUCCCUCUGCAGUGUUCUCAUUCCCCCUGCAGCCAUGGCUCAGCAAGGUUCCUUCUGCUCCCAUGACCCCCCUCUAUCAGAUACACAUUUCAAAGUGAAACAUUUUUUUCUCAAUUUCGCUCACCGAUAGCCUUCGCCUUGUCCCAGAUCUGUUUGUGCUCUUGCCAACUCCAUUGCUGUCCUUGUUUGGCAUGACAAUGAAUGACAGGGAGUUAUAGCACAAACAGAGACUGGCACUCAGACUAAGAUGCUCUUGUCCUUUAACUGGCCCUUGCGCUGCAGCAGCCAUACAAAUAGAAUUUGAUUGAUAAAUUGCAAAUUCAAUUGAUUCUUUCCACGUCUUGCUCUCUCUCUCUCUCUCUCUUUCUCCCCCUCCCUCUCUCUCUCUCUCUCUUUCUCCCCCUCCCUCUCUCUCUCUCUCUCCCCCCCCUCCCUCUCUCUCUCUCCCCCUCUGCUCUUUCAUCUCCAGACUAUUGUUGAACUGGCGGAGACGGGCAGUCUGGAUCUCAGCAUAUUCUGCAGUACUUGUUUGGUAAAGAAAUGACUUUAUUUUAUUUAUUUCUCUAAAGGUUUUGUACCGAGGUGUUUUGCAUGGUUUGGGUUUAACUUUGUCAUUCUAUCAAGCCUCAUUACAUUUGUAUCUAUCCACACAGAUACGGAAGCCCAUCCGGUCCAAACACUGUGCUGUGUGCAACCGCUGUAUCGCCAAGUUCGACCACCACUGCCCUUGGGUGGGCAACUGUGUCGGUAUGUAACGCACCAGGGCAGUGUUUAGCUUUGCAACAACCCAUUGCCCAGCAACCGGUGUUAGUGUAGCUGAUUUGUCAUUUCUGUCCACGGAAUUAGAAUAUUCUUAUGAGUUCCAAAUUCCAGCCUAAGAAGCAGCACAUGGCUCUGUUUAAAAUAAAUAAAGAAGCUGCCACCCAUCUGAAUUCAUUAGCUGUUCUGGCAGAAUAUAGAAAGGUGGGAGGCGCGUGUGUGUCUGUGUAUGCACGCUGCCCAGCUCCGUUGGCCGUGAAGCAGCAGCUGCCUGUUUUUCCCUCGACUGUUUGAACUUCCAGACAGAUGGCCUCAUGAACAGCCGACACGUGUCCAGACAUGUCUGCCUGUGAACUCUGAGAUGGAAGGAGGAAGGGGGGGUCAUAAAGCAUCCAUGCUGUCCCCUAAGAGCCAGACAGGCAGGAUGGAGCUUGCUUUUUAGUCAGGCAGCGACGUAGACGCACUACAAGCUACUCCCUAGAGGUCCUCAGUGUUUUGGCCAGGUGUCUAGUGGGACAGGAAAGGUGAGGCAAUGCCAGGAUGGACACUAUUUUCAGUUCCUCAGUAAAGGGACAAUAAGCAUACAAAGGAUGUGUCCCAAAUGUCACCCUAUUCCCUAGUGCACCACUUUUGACCUGAGCCCUGUGUGCUCUGGUCAACAAUAGAGCAGUAUAUAGGGAAUAGAGUGCCAUUUGGGACACAUGCCAAGCCUACAAGUCCUGAGAGGUUCAAAGUACCAUGGACAUCUCUUUCCUGUUGUUACCCUUUCCAUUUCACAGUUUGCAUAGCCAACAAAACCAUGACUGUUUUGGAACGUAUCCCCCUCCCCCCUUCACAUCCUUUACCUUAGUCCAAACAGUGACUGGCAGCAGCCCCACACACCUGCUCUUGUAUUUUGAGUAUGACCCAACGAGCCGACUGACAGGUCUGACAACUACUUGGCCUCCUUCAAUCCUACUCUGUACUCUUUCUCGGUCUCUCUCCUUCUCUCUCUCUCUCGCUCAUAUAUUUGUCUUGACCUGGAGUGGCCAGGAGGAGAGUGAGGGAUGAGGAGAGUGAGUGAGGGAUGAGGAGAGUGAGGGAGGGAUGAGGAGAGUGAGUGAGGGAUGAGGAGAGUGAGUGAGGGAUGAGGAGAGUGAGGGACCAAACAGAUGAGGCUUAACUCCCCCUCACUUUUCUCUGUCUGCUGUCAACAGGAAGUGGGAAUCACCGCUACUUCAUGGGCUACCUGUUCUUCCUGCUCUGCAUGAUCAGCUGGAUGAUCUACGGCUGCAUCUGCUGUGAGUGGAACACCCCCAACCCACCAAGCCUCUUAUUCUAUACACACACCAUGAUUUCUUUAUGCAAUUCUACAGCUGUAAACAACCUAGCUUUUAUACAGGAUGUUUGGCUGCACCCCUCUGCCCAGUAAUGUGAAAUCCAUAGAUUAGGGCCUAAUUAAUUUAUUUCAAUUGACUGAUUUCCUUAUAUGAACUGUAACUCAGUAAAAUCUUUGAAAUUGUUGCAUGUUAUUUUGCUAACUCUCUCUCUCUAUUGGUUAUGGUAGACCCAUUAUUUAAUUUCUAUGAACUUGUAAUAUAACCCUUUAAUCAUAGGUUGUCUGUGUAAUCGCUCAUACACUUGGCAAUCAUAGACUGCAGGAUAAGGUUUAGCUGGAUGGUUUAAUCGUCAGCCCUACUCUAUCACCCUAGAGUUCUUCCUUAACCCCUCUGCCCCUCUACCCAGACUGGAGGAUCCACUGCGCCACCAACUACACCAAGGAUGGUUUCUGGCUGUACCUGACGCAGAUCGCCUCCUGCUCUCCCUGGAUGUUCUGGAUGUUCCUCAACAGUGUGUUCCACUUCAUGUGGGUGGCUGUGCUAAUCAUGUGCCAGCUCUACCAGGUUAGAGAGACCAUUGGUUGUUUGUUUAAGCUGCAUUUAGCCAGGUGGGGUAAGUAAAGUAAGCCUGGUCCGUGCUAGAACGACCCAUAGGACAGUAGCCUAUAUCCUGUUUAGAUAAGUUAGAAUCAUAUAAUUGUCCAUGGGAUGCGUUUUACGUCCUUGACCCUCAUCUUGACCCUUUGCAGUGAUUGCAUAGAUAGGUCACUUUUUAUUUGUUGUCCAAGUCUCCUUUUUAUUUUUUUGUGACAUUCUGUUCUAUGUGUGUGUCCGCCCCUCUUCCAGAUUGCUGGUCUGGGAAUCACCACCAAUGAGAGGAUGAACGCCAGGAGAUACAAGCACUUUAAAGUAACGGCCACGUCCAUCGAGAGCCCCUUCAAGUGAGUACUAGCCCUCCCUCCAGAUGCCUCUUUGCCAGUCUGUGUCCUCCUACCCAGAAAUACUGACCUGAUCCUGGGUCAGUACAGGAUAAUGUUGCCUUUAAUGUUUUAUAUUCCCUCAAUAUUGACUGUUCCAGUUAUGGUAACAAUGGGUACGUUCUGGUGCUUACUUAAAGGGAUGGUUCAUCCAGUCUACGGGCCCAUUUCCUAGACACAGAUUAAGCCUAAUACAGGACUCAAAAGCAUUCUCAAUGGAGAUUCUCUAUUGAAAGCGCCUUAUAGUCCAGCACUAGACCUAAUCUGUGUCUGGGGAAACUGGUCCUGCAUGUUAGGGUGAAAUGAAUGUUUAUGUGGGCAAAUACUGACAAAAUCCACAAUAAUCUGUUGUUACUUUUGCAACAGGCAGUAGCUGGCGUGAUUUAGCAUCAUCCCCCGAAUUCCCAUUUGUUAAUAUUUCCCUGAUAUUAGCAAAGCUGCACUACAAGCCAAAACGUCACCUGAUACACAUGGUGUAGUACUUUAUCAAUGGAUCCCAAAGACAUGUAGAAAUAGUUAUUAGGUCAUGAUGUAAACAUUUAAUUUCUCUCCCUCCCUCUCCGUAGUCACGGGUGUGUACGGAACCUCAUAGACUUCUUUGAGAUUCGCUGCUGCGGCCUGAUCCGGCCCAAGGCGAUAGACUGGACCACACAGUACACAAUCGAGUACGACCAGACGUCCGGGUCGGGCUACCAGCUGGUGUAG